AUGGAACUCAACCGAGAACAUUUUCGCGCCAUAAUUUAUUACAUCUUUCAGAGACAAUUAUCGCAGCAAGAAUGCCUUGCUGAGUUACUGUCUGUUUUCGGCAACGAAGUGCCACAUCAGUCGACAAUUUCUCGUUGGUAUGGAGAAUUCAAACGUGGACGUGUGAGUCUUGAGGACGAUCCCAGGGUGGGUGCUCCAAAAACAGCAGUCACCCAGGAAAACAUCGAUGCUGUGCGCAAACUCAUCACUGAAGAUAGACAUGUGACAUAUCGCGAGAUUGAGGCAUCCUUGAAGAUCCCAAAGACCUCAAACCAACAAAAUGUACAUGAAGAAUUAGGAGUAAGAAAAUUAGUUUCUCGUUGGAUACGCCACCUGUUGACUGAAGAGCAGAAAGCAGCCAGGGUUAAUUGCAUUUUUAAUGGUGAUGAAUCGUGGAUUUACUGUUAUGAACCAGAAAAUAAACGACAGUCGACUGUUUGGAAAAGUGUUUCGAAAAAGAUGGUCGCGACAUUUGUGUCAAAAGCGGGUCAUAUUGCAACAAUUCCUCUGAAUGAGGAAAGAACUGUUACUGCGGAUUGGUAUACCACCAUUUGUUUGCCAAAAGUCAUCACCGAGCUUCGAAAAAUCAAACCCGAAAGAAGAAUCAUCCUCCACCAAGACAAUGCAAGCUCGCACACAGCCCAAAAAACAAGGCAGUAUUUAACGGAAGAAAACAUGGAAUUAUUGGACCAUCCUCCAUAUACUCCCGAUCUAAGUCCUAACGAUUUCUUUACUUUCCCGAAAAUUAAAAACAGACUGCUUGAAGAAGCAGUUGACGCAUUCAAAAACGCCGUUUUAGAUCUGCCAGCAAACGAGUGGAAUAAGUGCUUCGAAAAUUGGUUCGAGCGCAUGCAGAUGUGUAUUAAUCUUCGUGGAGAAUACUUCGAAAAACAAUAA